AUGGUGCGCGCAGGAUCCAAGACUGAUGAGUUUGCCCCUCAAGGAUUGAGCAAUAUUGCUUGGGAUUUUGCCACAUCAUCUGCCUGUGAGCAGACCUUGUUUGAAUCAGCUGCCCUUGCUGCUGAAAAGCGUAUUCUCGAGCUCUCCUUUCAAAACCUGGCAAACAUCAGUCAAACGUUUGCGACGGCUCAAGCUCGGAGCAUGCCGCUUUUCGCAGCAGUUGCCACCCGGGUUUCUGAGACUGAGAUCGACAUUGAACAGGAGCAAGGCCUUGCCAACCUGGCUUGGUGCUUUGGAAAAGUUCAACUUCGUUCCGAGGUGUUUCUGGACGCCAUCAUUGCGAAGCUGGAAGUUCUUCAGUUUACUGUGCAAGGUGUGGCCAAUGCAGCUCAAGCACUUGCGGAGCUUCAGUGUCAAAGCACGAUCAUGAGGAACCUGCUGCAGUCCGCCGUCGAGAGGCUCAAGCUGAUCGAUGUGGCCAAAGAGGUGGAGACCGAUGAUUUGCCAUCAGUUAAGGCAGUCCUCAGCCUGGCGCAUGCCUUGGCAUUUUGGGAUCUGUUGACUUCUGAGGCCUACCAGCAGCUGGAGACAACAUUGCGAUCAUUGGCCUCCAGGAUGGAUUCCGAUAAGCCUGCAGUGGCUUCAUUUGCUACUGACAUUGAGGCCCAGAGAUGGUUGAUUCAGCCUCACACGAAUCCAGAUGUUUGUUUUUUCAUGCGGCUUGAAGCUUGA